AUGCUCCAACCCUCGCAUAGUACUAUACCGCUCCAAGUUCCCAACCAGCCCUACCAUGAGACUGCAGCAAAAGCUGGUACUCACAGGCUUACAAAACAGACGGCAGUGGAAGCUUCACUGAAGGAAGGUAAUGCAGAGAUGAUAUGGAAGGUGUGGAAUUUCAAGACGAUAUACAGAAACGAUAAAGAAAUGGAGAAAGAAAGGGAGAAGGUGAAAGUGCCUACUACGACACCACUAACUAGUCUUCUGGUAAAUAUUGCUACACCGCAGACACAUCCUGAUAGAAUAUAUAUAGAGUUAGAAAAAAUGGCGGCCAUAGAAGGAGACUUGAGAUACGAAGGACGAAGAAUUGGAGGCCAACAAAGAGUAUCACGCGGAUGGGAAAAUAAGUACGUACGAUACAAAGUGACCGACGAUGCAUCCAAAAGUCUAAAAGAGGUAAAGGAAAAGCUACUGGAAGGUCCUCUGACUCCAUCACAAAGUUCAAGAUAUUGGUGA